UGACAACACUGCGUCGUCCUGAUCUUUCUGUCAUGGAUCCCAUGAAUGUCAUAGUUCGUUUGUUGUGAAAAUUAGAAAUCAGAUCCGUUAUCUGCAGAUUAUUAGAUCAGUGUUUUGAAAUACAUCAGUCCGCCAGCUGAUCGUCUCAAUCGUAGAAGAAAUGGUAACUGAAAGGCCGAUUAGUUGCAUUAUCGAACAGUAACAAUAAAUUCGGACGUCUGCAACUGAAAGUUUUUGUCACUAAUUUCAAUUCAAAGUAAUUAAAAGGAAGUUUAUUGUCGGACAAUUUCUACUAUUGUCUCAGCAAUGACGUAAAUAGUGACGUACUUCUAAAUUGAUUCUGCAGUUAACGGUUGACUGGAAACAACCACCAUGACCCCUCCAACUGAAGAAUCUCGGAAAAGAACACCAACUGAUUAUAUAUUUGGGAAGGUUCUGGGCGAAGGAAGCUUCAGCACAGUUUAUCUAGCAAAAGAUGUUCACACUGGCAAGGAAUUUGCAAUCAAAGUCCUUGAAAAAUCGCACAUCAUCAGAGAGAAGAAGACCGAAUAUGUGAUGCGAGAGAAAGAAGUCCUUCGGAUCCUAGGAAAUUCUUGCCCAUACUUUGUCAGACUGUUCUGGACAUUCCAGGAUAGAGACAGGCUCUAUUUCGUGCUGAGCUACGCGAAAAACGGCGACAUCCUCACACAGAUCGACAACCGCAAAACGUUCACCAUCCACUGUGCCCGCUAUUAUGCUGCUGAGCUACUACUGGGUAUUGAGUUUCUACACGAUAAGGGCAUAAUCCACCGCGAUCUCAAACCAGAAAACCUCCUCUUCGACGAAAACUGGCACCUCCUGAUAACCGACCUCGGCAGCGCCAAGAUCCUGUCUUCGGAAAAGCCUGAAGCUGACAAGAGCAAGACGAGACGCAACAGCUUCGUCGGAACCGCCCAGUUCGUCAGCCCCGAGAUGCUGACAGACUCCCAGUCCUCCUUCGAGUCAGACUUGUGGGCAUUCGGCUGCAUCCUGUUCCAGAUGGUGUGUGGCGAGAUGCCCUUCCGCGGGGGCAGCGAGUACCUCGUCUUCCAGAAGAUCCUCAAGCUGGAGUACGCCUUUCCCGAGGGCUUCGACGAAUGCGCCAAAGAUCUCGUAGAAUCGCUUCUUGUUAUAGAGCCCGGUAAGCGACUGGGAGCUGCAGACGAGAGGCGGUACUCCAGCAUCAGGCAGCACGAGUUCUUCAGCGGGCGGAACUUCGAUGAUUUGGGCCCGCCCCCAAAACUGGGUGAUGAGUGUGACGGGUUGCCGGAGAGCGAGAUUCCGGAUUACUUGGAGCCGGGCCUGGACGAAGAGAAGGCCUCCAGGUUGCAGUUUGAUUUGCUGUGUCCUGGUGAGAUGUCUGUGAG